AUGGACUCAGGAAGCAUUCACCAACUUAAUACAGGAGAGCAAACCCAUUGGAAAUUUUAUAGGCUUGCUCAAAAAUAUGGCCCUCUGUUUCAUAUUAAGCUUGGCCAAGUAAACUUCGUGGUAGCAUCUAGUCCGUCUACUGCACAUGAGGUACUCAGUACUCAUGAUAUUUUCUUAGCCUCCCGACCCAAACUCUUGGCUGUUGAGACGGUUGGCUACAACUCGGGUGGCAUUGGCUUCUCACCAUAUGGCCCUUAUUGGAGACAGCUGCGUAAAAUAUGCACACUAGAGCUCCUUAGCAAUAAGAAGGUUAAAUCCUUGGGUUCCAUCAGAUAUGAAGAGGCUCAUAAUGUUCUUUAUAAGCUUCGAACAACGGCUGGAUCUCCGGUGAACAUGACAGAG